AAAUAAACAAGCGAACUCACUCCUCUCCUCAUGGUGUGAAAACUGAAAAGUGAGAGUGAAACAAAAACGAUGGGAAGUAUGUGGAUGAUGAGGCAGGUUAGCAUUAGAGUAGUAGCCUCAACCAAUUCUCUGCUUCUAUCAAAUUCCAUCAUCACCUCUCAAUUCCCCAUCUCCUUCUCCUUCUCCUCCUUCUAUCCCAAAUCACAGUAUCUCAUUUCCCUCGUCUCCUCUUCUCAACGCCACUCGCUUUCAACAACCGCCGCUUCUUCUUCUUCUUCCUCUCAUUUCGGAGAUGUUGAAGAAAUUGAAGUUUCGAAAAAUGGCUCCAACUCCAAGACCCUUCUUAAAGGGUUGACAUACUCUGAGUUUGAAAAUUGGGUUCAGUUACAAGGUUACAGGCCUGGUCAGGCCCUAAUGUUAUGGAAGCGCCUCUAUGGGAAUGACAUUUGGGCACAUCAUAUUGAUGAGUUGGAAGGUUUAAACAAAGAUUUCAAGAAAAUGUUGAGUGAAAAUGCUGAAUUCAAGGCAUUAUCUUUAAAAGAAAUUCUCACAGCGUCUGAUGGAACUAAAAAGAUUUUAUUCACAUUGGAAGAUGGACAGGUGAUAGAGACUGUUGUCAUACCUUGUGAUAGGGGCAGGACUACUGUUUGUGUCUCCAGUCAAGUGGGCUGUGCCAUGAAUUGUCAGUUUUGCUACACUGGAAGGAUGGGUUUAAAGAGACAUUUAACCACAGCUGAGAUAGUAGAGCAAGCUGUAUUUGCUCGGCGCCUGCUCACAAGUGAAGUUGGUUCCAUUACCAAUGUCGUAUUCAUGGGAAUGGGAGAACCACUACACAACAUUGACAAUGUUAUAAAAGCUGCAGACAUUAUGGUGCAUGACCAAGGCCUUCAUUUCAGUCCUCGCAAGGUCACUGUCUCAACCAGUGGUCUUGUUCCCCAGCUGAGACGUUUCCUCCAUGAAUCCAAUUGUGCUUUAGCUGUUAGUUUGAAUGCGACAACUGAUGAGGUCAGAAACUGGAUCAUGCCAAUUAACAGGAAGUAUAAAUUAGGAUUGCUUCUUGAGACCCUUCGGGAGGAACUUCGCUUCAAAAAUAACUACAAAGUUCUAUUUGAAUAUGUAAUGCUUUCAGGAGUUAAUGACAGCAUUGAGGAUGCAAAAAGACUUAUUGAUCUUAUUGAGGGCAUUCCAUGCAAGAUUAAUCUUAUCUCAUUCAAUCCUCAUACUGGAUCCCAGUUCCAACCAACCAGUGAUGCAAAGAUGAUUGAGUUUCGAAAUGUUUUGGCUGAAGCAGGGUGCACUGUUUUCUUACGACCUAGUCGAGGUGAUGAUCAGAUGGCUGCCUGUGGUCAGCUUGGCAAUCCUGGUGCAAUCCAGGCUCCAUUGCUCCGUGUGCCAAAGCAAUUCCAAACGGCAUUGAAUAUCUCUGUGUGAUUAUUUUCUAGACAGGUUGGGUGAAGCAGGUUCUACUGCUUUCAUGGAUACACGAAUGCUAGUUUCUCAUACAUUGGAUCUGUAUGUGUAGCGGCUUCACAUGAAGGCGAGCUUGAUAUAGUUGACCUCAUUGUAGUUUAUUUUUUCCUUUUGGUAAUUACAGAUUUUUCCCUUUCCUAGGUUGAUAUUCGCAUGGCCUUGCAGCCCUAAUUUAUGAACUAGAUUUGCACAUGCAUGCACCACAUUAAUGCCUUAAGAGGGUUGUCAUUACCGUUACCUCCCCAAAUAGAGUUCAGAAGAUUCAAUUGAAAGAAGUCAGUGGAUUGCAAUAAA